AUGUAUCGAAGAAUACAAAUUAAAGUACAAAAGACCUUUUCUUCUAUUAUCCAGGUAACUGUCGAAGUUCGAUUAGUAUUUUUGAAAAUUGGUGAGAUCGAUACAUUAAAAGAACAAUUUCAAGCCGAAGCAUUUAUUCAAGCAAAAUGGCAUGAACCAAGUUUAAAAGGAACGGAUUUGACUAUUACCUUAACAACAACACGGACAGUGAAUGAAGUGCAACUAAUAGACGACAGUGUUCAACUAAGUGCGAUAAAUACACAUGCUUUUAUUGAUCAGCAAGAAUGGAGACUACAUGAACACGUUGAAACAUCCACAAAAUUAUUAACAAGUCCAUUUACACCUUCACAAAAUCAACAUCCAGGAUUUUCCGCUACAUGUCGUGCAGCAAGGAGACCAGGUUACUUUUACUGGAACGUUUACUUUCUUAUUUUUUUUAUAACUGUGAUGGCAUUUGCAACAUUUUCCGUAACCUACAAUUUACCUCAGAAUCGUUUACAAUUGAGCUUUACUCUACUGUUAACAGCAGUCACUUUCAAAUGGGUUGUUUUAUUAUUUGAUGCACAAGAACAUCGCCAUCGGAUGCAACGUGUCUCUUCAUUUGGUCCUCCAACUGCUGAUGGUCAUUAUGUCGGUGCAUCAGCUGCCAACACUGUAUUUCGAAUGAAAGAUGCGCCUGUUACGAGCGGUGGUUCAAUACCUUCAACGUCAUCCGAUUAUCAACAACCAAUAAUACAACAAAAUCAUAAAGUAUUGACUAAUCCAUAUGCUUCGAAUCGUUUAUCAUCGAGAAAAGUUAGUGUAGCCCAUCAUCCUGUUGAGGAUAUGGCACAAAUUACUGUUCCACCACAUCAGCUAUCAUCGUCGUUGAAACAAAAACCGUCCGCUUAUAAUGAAGGAAAACAAUUAUUAACAUCAUCCGAUAUCGAAGCAAUGAAUUUGAGACAAUUUCGAAUGAGUUCAAUUACAUCUUAA